AAACUCAUCAGUAUUUUCUUGUCUCCUAGUCAAAUUUCUGACGAGCUCCUUGACACUCUCUCCUUACUCUCACCAUAUGCCGCCUCAUCUUCACCAAUCUUUAAAAUAUCCAACAAAAUUUUCAAAUUAAUAUAUUUUUUCCCAUUCCUAAUUUCCACCUAUUUUCCCUUUUUAUUCUUUUUAUUUCCUCCUUCACUCUUCACUAUUUCAAGUAUGGAAAAAAGUUAAUUUUCUUCAUUUUUUCCAUCUCUUUUUCUCUAGAAAAAACCAUGGGAAAAGCCAGUAGAUGGUUUAAGGGAAUCUUUGGGAUAAAGAACACUACCAAAGACAAUCAAAAAGACCCAAGUUUAGACGCCGGUGACCGGAAAAGAGAAAGUUUUGGUUAUUCCGGUGGGAAGAGAACAGAGCUAUGCAAUAAUCCGGAAACUAUACCACCUAAUAUAUCCCAUUCGGAAGCUGCUUGGUUGAAGUCUUACUAUGAUGAUUCUGAGAGUAAUAAGGAGCAGAAUAAGCAUGCUAUUGCGGUGGCAGCUGCAACCGCCGCUGCAGCUGAUGCGGCGGUUGUUGCUGCUCAGGCAGCUGUUGCUGUUGUUCGACUUACGAGUCAAGGUCAGCGAACAAUUUUCAGUAGCGGUGGCGGUGGCGGUGGCGGUGCUAUUGGUGCUUGUAAUGAUAAAUCGGCUGCGGUGAAAAUUCAGUCUACCUUUAGAGGAUAUUUGGCAAGGAAAGCAUUAAGAGCAUUGAAAGGAUUAGUAAAGAUCCAAGCAUUAGUAAGAGGAUAUUUGGUAAGAAAACAAGCCACAGCAACUCUUCAUGGUAUGCAAGCACUCAUUAGAGCUCAAGCUACCGUCAAGUCCAAACGGGCUCAAGCCCGAUUUACCAAUAACGAUUUCUCGGGUCUUUCUCAACCCGAAUUCUUCCCUCGGAGAUCCUUGGAAAUAUUUGAUGACACAAGGAGUGAUCAAGCAGCAACAGUAUACAGCAGGAGGCUUUCAUCCUCCUUUGAAAGCAGAACAAUCAACCCAACAUCCGAAGACAUAACCAAGAUAGUCGAGGUCGAUACGGGUCGACCCAGAUCAUCAUCAUCAAGAGGGUGGAGAACUAUUACAAGCCCGGGUCCAAGGCCAGACCCAUACGAGCCCGACCCGUUCUACCCCCCACGCAUAUCAAUCCCAGGUUGCCAACACUGGCAUGACCCUGAAUGGGGCCUAAUGGGUGAUGAAUGCCGGUUCUCAACGGCCCAUAGCACUCCCAGAUUCAUGAACCUGGGUGGGCCAAACCCGGGUCCUGUAACCCCAUCUAAGAGUGUAUGUGGGGAUAAUAAUAGUUACUUCUUAAGGCAUUAUGGGAGUUGUCAUCAAAACCCUAAUUAUAUGUCUAAUACACAGUCUUUUAGGGCAAAGGUGAGGUCCCAAAGUGCCCCUAAACAAAGGCCAGAAGUACGGUAUUCAAAGAAAAAAUUGUCCUUAAAUGAAAUGAUGGAGUCCAGAAAUAGUUUAAGUGGUGUAAAGAUGCAAAGGUCAUGUUCCCAAGUUCAAGAGGCUAUCAAUUUUAAAAAUGCUGUGAUAGGCAAACUUGGGAAGUCUUAUGACUUUAGUCGGGUGCCCGGACCCGACCCCGAAGUUUAUAGCUUGCAAAAGUUGUAACCAUUGGUUGAUCGUUCGGUUGAAUUCAUUUUUACUCUUGUGACAGAGUAUGAUUCUUAUCAUUCUUAUCAUCUAUACAAAAACCAAUUUUUCAGCUUUUCUAUUUUAUUUGUAGAAAAUUAUUCAGCCUUUCGUCAAAAUAAAACAAAUGGUAAAGAUCAAAAUUAAAAUCUUAUAUAGAUUCAUCAUAUCCUAGUAGUUGGGAAGAGUAAAUUGAAAUUUUUAUAAUCAAUUAAAUGUAGUAUGUACCAUUUCGGUGCAUUAUUAAUUUUAUUAUUAGUAUUGUGUUUGAUAGCUACUAAGUGAAACAAGAAAUGUAAAAUCGGUUUGUUGGGUAAUGAUAUUGUGUUUGUCAGCAUU